AUGGAUGAUCUCCCCAGGGAUAUCUUAGAAAAUAUACUUUCUGGAUUACCUUUUAAGGAAGCAUUACAUGCCAAACGAGUUUGCACAACUUGGAGAGCGAUCCUCCGCUAUAAAACUGCAAAGCCGGGUAUCUUUUUCGCUUUCUGUCAUGUUGAACAUCGCACAACUUGUAGAGAAGAGAUUUUCUAUGAAGAUGAGCAUAAUCAUUAUGAUAAUGCAAAGAUCAACCACUACUACUCUUACGACACACUUACGAAGAUAGAACACGGUAAGUUUAUUAAAGAAUCCUCCCCGAGAAACACCAUGGUUGGGUCUUGCAAUGGUUUGAUUUGUUUUGGCAAAAAAACUGAAGAUGCUCUGGGGGCAGUUCCUUUUAUAAUCUGUAACCCGUUAACUGGAGAAUCUGUCUUUCUUCCGGAGUAUAAUUACUAUGAGAUGCCUCUGGAUAUACCAAGACCAAGGCUUCCCUUUGGAUGUUUAGCAGGUGGGCUUGGUUAUUGUUCUUUGACUGAUAAAUACAAGGUCAUUAUGAUAUACUAUCAUGCAGAGGAACAAAAGGGACAUGUUCUGGUAUAUACUAUUGGUGGUGAGUGGAGAUACAUCGGAUUUAUGGAACGUUACAGAGGUUACGCAUUUGGUUAUUGUUCAGGCAUUUAUGCAAAUGGCGCACUUUACUGGUUGCAAACAAGUGAUAAUAUGUUAGAAGAUAGUGAGAUUGUAGCCUUUGAUAUGGAAAGUGAGAAGUUCCAUCACAUCUCCUUGCCACGUUCUUAA